AUGUGGAUUAGGCUGAUUUCGAUGUGGAAGACGACGAAAGAGAGGACGAGGUUGAAGUUUUUGGGACUUGGAGGGAUAAAAUGGAAGAGAUUGAAUUUCAAGAAGAUGUCGUUUUUGGAAAAUUUGAGAUACAAAAUCAUGUCUAUCAUCGAAGCUAUGGUUUUGGUAUCUAAGCUUGCUUUCUUCUUUCUCUGUUGCGGUUGUAGAUUCUAAACAAAGUUUAGUUUUCUUCUUUUUUUUCAACUCUGUUUUUUUUUUCUUUGUUGUUGUUGACUUGUUGUACUAUAUGUAUAG